AGGAACUUCCUCAGUUGUGCAAUAUGAAGAACUGUAACUGACAAGGGCUCUCCAUUCCGUCUCCACUUCAGUUCCACUUUCUUGAGCUGAAACCCUUUCAGAGGAAACUUUGCAGGCAAAAUGGCAAUGUUCAAGCAAUGGAUUCUGAUUCUGGUGCUGCAAUUUAUCUGGGUGACGUAUUAUGCAGGUGCCGACUUUUGCAAAGUGACAGUAUCUCAACCUCCAUUCAUGGAAGGCUACCCUGCAUCAAAAUAUAUCACUAUACCGUGUACUUUUUCUGCUCAGGGAUGCCCCACAUCCACUCCGACCAUUCUGUGGUUUCGAUAUCUUGCGCGUACCCAUGAAGCCUUGUGCACUCCCUACUGUAUAAACAGCACAAAGUUCAAACUGGUUCACUCAAAAUCUAUGAACCAGGCUCAGCUUGAGAUCAAAGAAAUCAAUGAAGAAGACAGCGCAAUUUAUUUUUGUGGGGUAGCAAUUUCAAGUUCCAAUUCCUCCACCUCCAAGCAAACUGGAAUCGGAACAGUGUUAGUGAUAAGAGGGAGUGGAACAUACAGCCGAGGAGUUGAGUACAGCAUGCUGGCCAUCUCAGUUACACUCUUCCUCUAUCUUGUUGCCUUGUUGGCAGUUUCUAAGUUAUUCACUAAGCCUAAACUCAAGAAAACAGAGAGGCAUGUCAAUGUUUGCGGUGGGGGAAGCAAAGCAGCCGUUUGUCGAGCAAUCGCAAAGGAGUUUGGCAAAAAGAGGCACAACAGGCAGCGGAGGCAUGGACAUUUGGAUAAAAGCCACAAAAUGGAUGAAUUAUCAUAGCAGAUGCACAUUCACGGGUUCGGUAGAACUGGAAACGCGAUUCACACAUUUAACAUCCGAAGGGGGGAAAGUGAGCUUGAUAUAGCAAAAAGCUCCUACCUAUUGUGUCAUACUAAGCUAGGGCUGCCAUACGUCUGAAUUUUCCCGGACAUCACCAGGAUCUCAAAGGCGGAACUGAUGUCUUGGGGUUUUUUUUUUUUGAAAGGCAGCACCUUGUCCUGGAUCUUGUUGUUGUUUAGUCGUUCAGUCGUGUCCGACCCUUCGUGACCCCAUGGACCAUAGCACGCCAGGCACUCCUGUCUUCCACUGCCUCCCGCAGUUUGGUCAAACUCAUGUUCGUAGCUUCGAGAACACUGUCCAACCAUCUUGUCCUCUGUCGUCCCCUUCUCCUAGUGCCCUCCAUCUUUCCCAACAUCAGGGUCUUUUCCAAGGAUUCUUCUCUUCUCAUGAGGUGGCCAAAGUAUUGGAGCCUCAGCUUCACGAUCUGUCCUUCCAGGGAGCACUCAGGGCUGAUUUCCUUAAGAAUGGAUAGGUUUGAUCUUCUUGCAGUCCAUGGGACUCUCAAGAGUCUCCUCCAGCACCAUAAUUCAAAAGCAUCAAUUCUUCGGCGCUCAGCCUUCUUUAUGGUCCAGCUCUCACUUCCAUACAUCACUACUGGGAAAACCAUAGCUUUAACUAUACGGACCUUUGUCGGCAAGGUGAUGCCUCUGCUUUUUAAGAUGCUGUCUAGGUUUGUCAUUGCUUUUCUCCCAAGAAGCAGACGUCUUUUAAUUUCGUGACUGCUGUCACCAUCUGCAGUGAUCAAGGAGCCCAAGAAAGUAAAAUCUCUCACUGCCUCCAUUUCUUCCCCUUCUAUUUGCCAGGAGGUGAUAGGACCAGUGGCCAUGAUCUUGGUUUUUUUGAUGUUGAGAUUCAGACCAUAUUUUGCGCUCUCCUCUUCCACCCUCAUUAAAAGGUUCUUUAAUUCCUCCUCGCUUUCUGCCAUCAAGGUUGUGUCAUCUGCAUAUCUGAGGUUGUUGCUAUUUCUUCCGGCAAUCUUAAUUCCGGCUUGGGAUUCAUCUAGUCCAGCCUUUCGCAUGAUGAAUUCUGCAUAUAAGUUAAAUAAGCAGGGAGACAAUAUACAACCUUGUCGUACUCCUUUCCCAAUUUUGAACCAAUCAGUUGUUCCAUAUCCAGUUCUAACUGUAGCUUCUUGUCCCACAUAGAGAUUUCUCAGGAGACAGAUGAGGUGAUCAGGCACUCCCAUUUCUUUAAGAACUUGCCAUAGUUUGCUGUGGUCGACACAGUCAAAGGCUUUUGCAAAGUCAAUGAAGCAGAAGUAGACGUUUUUCUGGAACUCUCUAGCUUUCUCCAUAAUCCAGCACAUGUUUGCUAUUUGGUCUCUGGUUCCUCUGCCCUUUCGAAAUCCAGCUUGCACUUCUGGGAGUUCUCGGUCCACAUACUGCCUAAGCCUGCCUUGUAGAAUUUUAAGCAUAACCUUGCUAGCGUGUGAAAUGAGCGCAAUUGUGCGGUAGUUGCAGCAUUCUUUGGCACUGCCCUUCUUUGGAAUUGGGAUGUAGACUGAUCUUCUCCAAUCCUCUGGCCAUUGCUGAGUUUUCCAAACUUGCUGGCAUAUUGGGUGUAGCACCUUAACAGCAUCAUCUUUUAAAAUUUUAAAUAGUUCAGCUGGAAUAUCAUCACUUCCACUGGCCUUGUUAUUAGCAGUGCUUUCUAAGGCCCAUUUGACUUCACUCUCCAAGAUGUCUGGCUCAAGGUCAGCAACCACACUACCUGGGGUGUACGAGACCUCCAUAUCUUUCUGGUAUAAUUCCUCUGUGUAUUCUUGCCACCUCUUCUUGAUGUCUUCUGCUUCUGUUAGGUCCUUACCACUUUUGUCCUUGAUUAUGGUAAUCUUUGUACGAAAUGUUCCUUUCAUAUCUCCAAUUUUCUUGAACAGAUCUCUGGUUUUCCCCAUUCUAUUGUUUUCCUCUAUUUCUUUGCAUUGCUCAUUUAAGAAGACCCUCUUGUCUCUCCUUGCUGUUUUUUGGAAAUCUGCAUUCAGUUUCCUGUAUCUUUCCCUAUCUCCCUUGCAUUUUGCUUGCCUCCUCUCCUCCGCUAUUUGUAAGGCCUCGUUGGACAGCCAUUUUGCUUUCUUGCAUUUCCUUUUCCUUGGGAUGGUUUUCGUUGCUGCCUCCUGUAUAAUAUUACGAGCCUCCAUCCAUAGUUCUUCAGGCACUCUGUCCACCAAAUCUAAAUCUUUAAACCUGUUCCUCACUUCCACUGUGUAUUCAUAAGGGAUUUGAUUUAGAUUGUAUCUUACUGACCCAGUGGUUUUUCCUACUUUCUUCAGUUUAAGCUGGAAUUUUGCUAUAAGAAGCUGAUGAUCUGAGUUACAGUCAGCUCCAGGUCUUGUUUUUGCUGACUGUAUAGAGCUUCUCCAUCUUUGGCUGCAGAGAAUAUAAUCAAUCUGAUUUCGAUGCUGCCCAUUUGGUGAUAUCCAUGUGUAGAGUCGUCUCUUGUGUUGUUGGAAAAGAGUGUUUGUGAUGACCAGCUUGUUCUCUUGACAGAACUCUAUUAGCCUUUGCCCUGCUUCAUUUUGAACUCCAAGGCCAAACUUGCCAGUUCCUUUUAUCUCUUGAUUCCCUACUUUAGCAUUCCAAUCCCCUGUAAUGAGCAGAGCAUCCUUCUUUGGUGUCAUUUCUAGAAGGUGUUGUAAGUCUUCAUAGAAUUGGUCAAUUUCACUUUCUUCAGCACCAGUAGUUGGUGCAUAAACUUGGAUUACUGUGAUGUUAAAAGGUCUGCCUUGGAUUCGUAUCGAGAUCAUUCUGUCAUUUUUGAGAUUGCAUCCCAUCACAGCUUUUGCCACUCUUUUGUUGACUAUGAGGGCCACUCCAUUUCUACUACGGGAUUCUUGCCCACAGUAGUAGAUAUGAUAGUCAUCCGAACUGAAUUCGCCCAUUCCCUUCCAUUUUAGUUCACUGAUUCCCAGGAUGUCGAUAUUUAUUCUUGUCAUCUCAUUUUUGACCACAUCCAGCUUACCUCCAUUCAUGGUUCUUACAUUCCAGGUUCCUAUGCAAUAUUUUUCUUUACAGCAUCGGACUUUCCUUUCGCUUCCAGGCAUGUCCGCAAGUCAAUUGAAAAAUCAUUUUUUCUUGGUGUUUUUCACCAAGGCAACCCUAUAGCUAACAUGUUAAAUGUAAAUGUAGCAUUUACACCUUUGCCAGGAGCUGCCUAGAACUGGAAUUAAUUUCAGUGGGUUUACUUCGAGCAGGGGCUAAUGGAAUACAACCUAUUUCAUCGGAAAAGUCAUUGAGUUUUUAGUGGUCCUCCUUCCUUUUCCCUUCAUUGAUUUCCAUCUUCCCCACAUUCUCCUGCCCACCCUCACCCUUCUUUGCUUAGUUUUAGAGCUGCCUGUGCCUUUUCAAAAGGUGAGCCCAUCUUGUACUUCAGAGGCCCACAUAUCUAGCAUCCUGAUCUCAAAGCAAACACUGGUCUUUGAACCAUGAGGAAACAAAUGCCAAUAUGUGCUUGGUUGCCUUGCCAGGAAGUUGUGUUAAGUUUUAUUGUACAGUUACCAAACAGGAUCCUGGACAUAAAGGUGUGGGAGAGAAACAGCAGCACCCCGGAAAUCCUGAGAAGUUACAACCCCACAGAGAGAAACAGAACUGUAGAAUUGCAAAGUAAGAUAUGGAAAACGCAAGAACGACGACCAUUUCACAACUCAGGCCAGCUUAAGCACAGAUUCUGGGGCCUAGGUCUUGCAUGGUACAUUAUGGGGGCUCCCCCUAAAUGGACCAGAAACAGCAACUCUGGUCCAUGGUGGAGAAUGGUGUGAACAACCAGUCCAGGGCACAUACUGGGGCUGGUGACAGUUGCUGAAGUAUCCCCUUUAAAUUACUGGGUGGGUUUGCUAUGCAGGAAAAGACCUGCUGAGGUGCAAGUUGCACCAAACAUCUUAAUUUCCCCAGUUCUGCUUUUUUUACCCCUCUCCCUUUAAGAGACCACUUCGUGCUGCUGCCUGUUAAGCAUGCAGAGCAGGGAGCAGUAUAGGAGAAAGCAGGAAGUGGCAGAGCAACCAGGGAAGGGCUUUGUGGGAAGGAAGUCGGGAAGCAGUGGUGGAGCAGCCAGGGCAAGGCAGGAAAGGAGAAGAGCAAGGAGGGCGGUGUUGUCUUCCCCCUGCAAGGGCACCUUGCCCAAGGUCCCUUCAAAACUGGCAACACACCUGUGGUUAAGAAGCAUCUACAGGCAUACAACUGUACUCCUGGGAUUCUGCCCCGAACCUGGGUGCUGCAGUGACCAGAAGUGCAUUUACACCAACUGCGCCCGUUCCUUAUCAGAUCUGGCCACUGUGAUGCAUGACUUAGUUGUAUCCUAUAAAGCCCUCUAUGCUUGAGCCCUGGUUACAGGAAAUAUCGUAAUUCCCUACACGAACCUGCCUGGGUGCUAACAUCCUCAGGUGAGCACCUUCUCUCAGUCCCAUCGACAUCAGUGACACAGCUGGUGGUGACACAAGAGGGAGCCUUUUUCUGUGGCUGCUCCCACAUUGUGUAAUUUCCUCCCAAGAGAGGCUAGACUGGUUCCCUAUUGAUAUCCUUCCACCAGCAGGCUAACGCCUUCCUAAGGCCUUUGAAAACGGAGGAGCGGACACUGGGCUGCGGACAGGGCAAAGUGGGUUUAAAUUUUUGGUUUUGAAUGUGUUCUGCUGUAUUUUAAUUAUUGCUUUUAACUAGCUUGUUUUUAUCGCUUUGUAUUUCAUAGUGCUGUUUUAAAUGUUGUAAGCCACCCUGAAUCCUAAUUUGAGAGAAAGAUGGAAUAUAAAUACUAAAAACAACAAUUGUGCGCACUCCUCAGUAGUGCUGAAGCAAGACCCCCCCCCCCCAAAAAAAGUUCUUUGUCAACAUGGCAUUUUAUCAAAAUUAAUUGGGAAGUCAAAUGUUUCUACUUUUGUAUGUAUGUAGUUCAAAACAGUACAAAAGCUAAGAGAUCUGUUGUGGUGGUUCAAAUGGGAUCCCAAA